AUGGUAGCCUUUGAGACUCAUCAGUAUCUGAAACGCAAGAGACAAGGCAGAGAUGGCUUUCUCGCUCUUAAGCUCGACAUGAGUAAGGCUUUUGACCGCGUGGAAUGGCCCCUUCUCCAGGCUAUGCUUCACAAAUUCGGCUUUGACAAUAAAUGGAUCUCUCUAAUCAUGAAGUGUGUUUCUACAGUGGACUAUCAUAUUGCUCAUGAUGGUAAUCUUAUUGGCCCUAUCUUACCAACCAGAGGUCUUCGACAGGGUGACCCAAUCUCACCAUAUCUGUUCAUUAUCAUCGCUGAAGGUUUGAGCGCUAUGAUAAAAAAUGCUGAAUCAAAAGGCCUCCUUCAUGGCAUUCAAAUUGCUCGUGGAGCCCCAAAAAUCUCCCAUCUUCUAUUCGCAGAUGACAGUUUUCUGUUUUGUAAGGCUACAAUCACCGAAACUCAGGCAGUGAAGCUCAUUCUUGAUGAUUAUGCUUCGGCAUUUGAACAGUUUGUCAAUUUUAAUAAAUCUUCACUUUUCUUCAGUCCAAAUGUCACAGAUAACUUGAGAGCCUCCAUCUGCAGUAUUCUUCGUGUUGAAGGUGUAGGAAAUUCUGGUACAUACCUCGGAUUACCCUCUCUAAUUGGCAGAAACAAGAAAGAGAUUCUUGGCUUCCUGAAAAACAAAGUUCUCAAUAAGAUUCAUAGUUGGGAUCACAAGUUCCUAUCAAAAGCUGGUAAAGAGGUUCUUAUCAAAAGUGUUAUUCAAGCACUUCCAGCUUAUGCCAUGAGUGUUUUCCACAUUCAAAAGGACAUCAUAAGGGAGAUUGAAAGUGCCAUUAAUGCUUUUUGGUGGGGGGCUGAAUACGGUAGCAGGAAAGGCAUUCAUUGGAAAGCUUGGUCCAAUAUGUGUGCUCCCAAAGAUUGGGGAGGUAUAGGCUUCCGGAGGUUUGAUUUGUUUAAUACUGCACUUCUUUGUAAACAGCGGAGGUUUGAUUUGUUUAAUACUGCACUUCUUUGUAAACAGGCUUGGAGGCUCAUCCAACAUCCGACCUCAUUGGUCGCGAGAGUUUACCAAGCAAAAUACUAUCCUGGAACCUCAUUCUUCGAUGCUCGAAAAGCAAAAUACUAUCCUGGAACCUCAUUCUUCGAUGCUCGAAUCGGUAGCAAUCCAUCGUACAUCUGGAAUAGCCUCUUGACUGCUAAGGAUAUCAUUAGGCGUCACAGCCGUUGGAGAAUUGGCAAUGGUAACACGGUUAAGAUUUGGAAGGAUAAAUGGUUGCCGGAUAACUCAAAUCCAUCUAUCACCACUGCACCUUACCCUUUCAUGCAGGAUGCUAAUGUGGCUUCUCUCUUCACCUCUCAUUCCAAAUGCUGGGACACAGAGAUCAUUCAGGAAAUUUUCAAUCGCAGGGACGUGGCUCUCAUAUCCAAUAUACCUCUGUCCAUCUCCAACAGAGAAGACAAACUAAUAUGGAUGUGUGAGGAACGCGGACAUUUCACAGUCAAAAGCUAUUAUAGGGUUAUCCUGGGGGAACAUUCAGCUGAUACUAAAAAAGACUGGGCAACUAUGUGGAAAUGUAGAAUCCCACCAAAAGUGAAAACAUUUAUGUGGCAAGCAUGCUCCUCGUGUCUCCCCACGGCUGAUCUCCUGCGUGCAAAAAGGGUGAAUUGUGAUACCCUCUGCCGAAUGUGCCAUAAUUCAGAUGAGAGUAUCUUGCAUCUUCUGGCUCACUACCCCUUUGCUUCACUUUGCUGGAACCUCUCCGACAUCAACAUCUCUUCCUCGGCAGCAACCUCCUUGGGUGACUGGUUCGUGCAGAAUAGUAAAAAUGCAACCUCCUUGGGUGACUGGUUCGUGCAGAAUAGUAAAAAUCUUGAGAAGUCCAAGUGCAAUUUGAUGCUUAAUAGUAAAAAUCUUGAGAAGUCCAAGUGCAAUUUGAUGCUUAUGAUCUGCUGGUAUCUUUGGUUUGCUAGGAAUGAAAAGGUCUGGAACAAUGUCUCCCUCACGCCUGCAAUCAUUGUGGAAAAAGCCAAAGCUCACCUAUACGAAUGGACUACUAUUGUGGAAAAAGCCAAAGCUCACCUAUACGAAUGGACUACUGUGCAAGAUAAAGCCAAAGCUCACCUAUACGAAUGGACUACUGUGCAAGAUAAAGAUAUUUUCUCCCCACAAUCCCAGUAG